AUGGGAUUUAGAGAUAUGCCACAUACAAAUCGACAUAAAUUACAAAAAAAUGGUUUUGGUGGUGGAAAUGGGAGCCGAAAAAGGAAAUCUGGAGGACAUGGAAAUGGAGGAGAAUCGAUUGCGAUGAGCAAAGUUUUGAGAGAGAAAAGGUACGGUAUUUUUGGGCUGAAAAUUGAGAAAAAUUAGAAAAUUAUUGAUUUUUGGGUGAAAUUUAGGAACAGGUGAAAAAUUUUUUUUGCUCACGAGAACAAAACAAGCAAAAUUAUUCUAGAAUUUUUUGAGAAAUUUUAUAUUUGAAACAGUGAAAUUUUUCUGAAGGAAAAUUGAAUUUUGCUCUAAUAUUCUUCAAAAAUAUGGAAUUCUAUAAGGAAAAAAUUUGAAAUGGUGAAAUUUCUGCGUAUUUUUCCUUUGAAAAAAAUUCCGAUUUUCAUCUAAAAAUCAUGGAAAUUUUGUUAAUUUUUGAAAAAACCUGUGAAAAAUGGAAAUUUAUCACGAGAAAUGGUUAAAAUUGAGUAUAAGAUUCAAAAAUAUGAACUAUCCAAGAUUUCUGUGAAAAUUUGAAUUAUGAAAACAUUGAAACAGUCGAUUUUUUUCAAAAAAACUUCUAAUAUUUUCAGAUUGGCCAAAAAACGAAAGCAAGAUCUGAAAGAACAAGAACAAGAAAUGCUCGAAACAAUCGAUCAAAAAUAUCAGGAAGCAUUGAAAGUGAGUUUUAUGAUUUGUGGGAAAAAAUAUGCCUUAAAUUCUGAGAAAUUCAACAAAAAAUCACCUAGAAAAAUUUACUGUUUCAAAAAAUUGAUGAGAAACUUUCGAAAUUAUGGAAAUUUGUUCCGAUCGCUGUUUCGAAAUGAAAAAAUGUCUGAAAAUACUUCGAAAUCUUUCUGAAACUUAGAUAAAGAACUAUAUUUUACGGCAAAAAUUAUAUCUAAAAAUCUAGAAAACUUGAAUAAUUUUUUUACAAAGAAAAUAGUAAAGAAGAAUAUUUUAACCCCAAUUUUAAUCUCAGAAAUUCUCUAGAAAAUUGAAAAAAAUCUUGAAAGGGUAGUUUUUAUUUUUUAUUAAAAAGGUAGAUUUGAAUUUGUCAACUGAAAAUUGUGAUAUGAAAAAUUUACUGUUUCAUAGAUGUGGUUUACAAAAUUCGAAAAAUGAGGGAAUUUAGUGUGUCUGUUGAUGUCAAAUUAAAAAAUCUCGAAAAUUAUACAAAACACUGAAAUGUACCAUUUUUUCUGAAAAAUUGACUGUUUCAAAAAUUUCAUUAAAAAAUCCGAAAACUGAAAAUUAAUCAGUACCAACAAAUUUGUUUCAAAAAAUUCCCCAAAACCCCAAAAUUUUCUCUCAUAAACUCUUACAUAAACUAGAUUUCUGGACGAUUUUCCAAUGAUUUUUUUUUAAAUCAAAUCGAAAAUUCCUAGUGAAAAUUUACUGUUUCAAAGAUUUGAUUAAAAAUUCGGAAAUUUAUCAGGAUAUUUUUCAAAAACCCCGAUAUUUAGACAAAAAUGUGAAAGUUCCUGUUAAAAAAAUUUACUGUUUCAAAAAUUUAGUAUAAAAAAUACACGAUCUUGAAAUUUAUUAGUACCGUUCAUCUUUAUGAAGUGAAAAAAUUCCCCAAAACCCCAAAAUUUUCUCUCAUAAACUUUUACAUAAACUAGAUUUCUGGACGAUUUUCCAAUAAUUUUUUUAAAAAUCAAAACGAAAAUUCCUAGUGAAAAUUUACUGUUUCAAAGAUUUGAUUAAAAAUUCGGAAAUUUAUCAGGAUAUUUUUCAAAAACCCCGAAAUUUAGACAAAAAUGUGAAAGUUCCUGUUAAAAAAUUUACUGUCUCAAAAAUUUCAUAUAAAAAAUACACGAUAUUGGAAAUUAUUAAUACCAUUUUUGCUCCUUUCAGAAAAGCACUCGACAAUUCCACAAUUUCACCGAUUUUCCACUUUCCUGGCGAACUUUGGAAGGCCUAAAAGAAAACGACUACGAAAAACCGACCGAAAUCCAACGUGACACAAUCUUAUAUUCACUUUCUGGUUCAGACGUCGUCGGAGCCGCCAAAACCGGCUCCGGAAAAACGUUGGCACUAGUGAUUCCAGUUUUAGAAGCACUUUGGAGAGCAAAAUGGUGUUCGAGUUAUGGUUUAGGAGCAUUGAUUAUUUCACCAACCAGAGAAUUGGCUUUGCAAACAUUUAGCACUAUAAAUGCUGUUGGAAAAUGCCACGAUUUUUCGUGUGGUUUAGUGAUUGGUGGAAGUGAAUUGGGAUUCGAGAAAAAUCGAAUCAGUGGAAUUAAUAUCAUUGUUUGUACACCUGGUAGAUUAUUACAACAUAUGGAUGAAAAUGAGCAGAUGAAUUGUGAUAGUCUUCAGAUUUUGGUGUUGGAUGAAGCUGAUCGAAUGUUGGAUAUGGGAUUUGCUAAACAGGUUGGGAGAAUUUUGAAAUUUUGGCUCGUGGAUUGGAAAUUUGUAUUUUUAACUUUAAAAAAGCGUCAAAAAUCCACAAUUUUUAUUCAAAAAAUCACAAAAUUCUGAAGUUUUCAUCAAUUUUUCUUCCCCGAAUUUUGUACGUUUCAAAAUUACCUUAUCUCAGGUUUUGAAUUGAUUUUUUCGUUAGUUCGUUGCGAAAUUCUCUUCGAUAAAAAAAUAUUUAAAACAUUUUUUCACAUUCUAAAUUAUCCUAAAUUUCCAGCUGAAUUCUCUCGUCUCAAAUUUGCCAUCCGAACGACAAACGCUUCUUUUCUCAGCCACUCAAACCAGAAAUGUCAAGGAUUUGUCGAGAGUUUGCACAAAGGUAGGGAUUUUUUGAGAUUUUAUUGGGAAAUUGCUGGAAUUUGAUGCGACUACACAAACCGAUCCAUUAAAAAAUGAAAAUCUUCCGAAAUCUAUCUGAAAUUGUUGAAACAGUAAUUUUUAACGAAAAUAAAAGCGAUAUUUGUUAAAUCAAAUUUUAUCUGGAAAAUUUCGAAACAGUAGAUUUUUUUAUUUUACAAUUUUCACUGUUUCAAAUUUUACCUAACAUGUAACAGAAUAUGUUAAAGUCUGGUUUUAUUUAGAUACUCGACUGCGAAAAUUCACUGUUUCAAAUUUACAAAAAUAUUUUCGGAAAAUACAGCUCGAUUACUGCUGGCAGCAGUCUGCUGCACACGCAUAUUGGCAAAAAAAAUGAAGUUCGAAAAAAAAUCAAAUUGUGAAUUUUCUCCACGAUUUUUAAAACCCUAGAGUUAAUAAAAUCUAAAUCUGAUAAAAUCUAAAAAAAAUUAUCUUUAAAAAUAUACGAAAAAAAAUCCAAAAAUAUUGGGAAAUUUACGUUUCAAAUUUUGAUUAAAAUUAAAUUUGGGAAGUUCGAUUAAUAUUAAAGUCGAAUCUAUCUCUGAUAAUUUUGAAACAGUUAAAAAUGUUAAUAUGUUUUGUAAACAAAAAUUUUUUCCAAAGUUUAAAAAUUGUGACGCCAAAAAUCCACGUCACCCCACCGCAUAAAAUUAAUUUUCCGAAUUUACAGGAUCCAGUAUUCGUGUCAGUUCAUGAAAAUGCGACGACCGCAACUCCAGAUAAACUCAAACAAUCAUAUGUGAUUGUAGAAGAAGAGAAUAAAAUCAACACUCUCUGGUCAUUCAUAGAAGCGCAUCGCAAAAAGAAAUCGCUUGUUUUUGUGUCGAGCUGCAAACAGGCUCGAUUUUUGACCGAUUCAUUUUCUCAACUUCGACCUGGAAUACCUGUGAUGGGAUUGUGGGGAACAAUGAAUCAGAAAAAGAGAAUCGAAACAUUUUCGAAAUAUGAUGAAAUGAAGGCGGCUGUUAUGAUUGCGACUGAUGUUGCUUCGAGAGGAUUGGAUUUUGAACAUAUUGAUUGGGUUAUUCAAUUGGAUUGUCCGGCUAGUAUUGAUGAUUAUAUUCAUAGGUAAGAGAUUUUUCGGGGGGGGGGGGGAGAAGAAAAUUUGGAGGAAAUUCAAUUUUUGAACGAAAAUUUAUCCAAAUAAUAAUAUCCAUUUCUGCUCAGAAAACCCAAAAAUAGGAUUUUUCCUAAUUUUCAUUCUAAAAAUAAUUUAUAUACACGUUGUUUUGCACCUCAAAAUUAUAUUUUUCAAGCCACUUUCAAAUUUUGAUAUUAGAUAAUUUUACUGUUUCAAAAUUUUUUGAAAUCUCAUUUUGAACUUGAAAUUCGAUUCACUUAGUAAAAACGUGGUGAAAAUUCUUGAAAUUACGAUUUUUUCCCGAAAAUUAAAAAAAAUUGAAACAGUGCCUUUUUGUAGAUCAAAAUGGCUAAACUUCCAUUUUUUAAGCAAAUUUCGGAAUUUUCAUUUUUUUUUUUGGAAAAAAAAUGGAUUCCUAACCAAAAUCUAUGUUUUCUUGAGAGUUCUGAACAGACUUUUCAAGCCACCUUUCAAUUUUCGCAACUUCUUCAAACAUCCCAAAAUUACCAGGAAAAUAUACGUUUCUAGAAUAUUUGUUAUUUUGAUUGAGAAAGAAAAUUUUCAUUGUCACAAGUAUUUUGAAAAAAAAAUUCACUGUUUCAAAAUUUUGUGACAAGAAAAAUUGAGAAGCGGGGAAAUGAUUCACCUGUUUUUGAAUUUUGAUAACUUUCAGAUUUGCAGCUAGAUAAAUCUGGAUUUCUUAGAUUUUCUAGGUAAAGGUUCUGAUUUUUUGUGAAUCUGAAAAUUCAUCUGAUUUGAUAGCUUCACAUUCGCAUUUUCUGUGAAAAAUUCUAACCAAUUUUUGUACCUAAAAAUCAUAUUUUUCAAACACUUUCAAGUUUUGAAUUCAAAUAUUUCACUGUUUCAAAAUUUUUUGAAAAUCUCAAAUUCUAUUCUUGCAAGUUUCAACAUUGAAUUUGUUAGAUAUGUAAGCAAAGAUUCUGAUUAACUGUGAAUCUGAAAUUUCACCUGAAUUAAUUUCUUCGAAAAUUUGGAAUUGCAGUUUACGAUCAAAACAUACCUGAAAAUCUCUGAAAAACCUACAGAACAAGAAAAAUUCCCCCUUUUUUCCAGAGUUGGUCGAAGUGCUCGAAAUGAUGAUUCGGGAAAUUCGCUCCUCAUGGUCACAUCAUCUCAAAAAGAUCGAAUGCUCCAAAAACUCUCGCAAAAAUCGAUUCCAAUCGAAGAACUUCGAAUUGAUCCCAAAGCUCUCACCGAUAUUCGCGUAAAACUUCGCGCAAUUCUGGCUGAAAAUCUGGAAUUGAAGGAUUACGCGCAGAAAAGUAUUGUGGCUUAUUUGCGAUCGAUUUAUACAAUGAGAGAUAAGAAGAUUUUCAAUGUGCAGAAUAUUGAUUCGGCUGCUUUGGCUGAUAGUUUUGGACUUGUUUCGGUGCCUAGAAUUAGGUUUUUGGAUAAGGAACAAAAAUUGAAAAAGAAAGAGCUUAAAACUGAAGAGAAGGCUGAAAAUGAUGAUGGAAUUGUUGGAAAAUUCAAUAUUGAUGUGCCGGAAGAGGAUCUGUUUGUUGUCAAAAAAUCUGAAAUCACAGAAGAAGAUGAGCCUGAAAUUGAGCCCGAAAACGAGCCCGAAUUCGAAGAGGAACCCGAGGAAAUUAUCAAGUUACACAAAGGAAAACCGAUCAAAAAAGCUCUCACCAAAGUUGGAGCCGCCAAGAAAAUCCUGAAUAAAAAUAUUCGGGUGAACACGAAAAAGACAUUCGGUGAAGAUGGAGAAGAAGAGGAACAACAAGGACCUUCGACAAUUGACUCGUUUGGUUUGGAUAUUGAAAAAGCGAAGAUUGAAUUGAAGGAAGUUGAUAAAUUGGAUCGAAAGAGGUUUAGAGAAUUGAAACAGAAGAGAAGAGCCGAGAAAUUGGCAAAGAAAAUGAGGUGGGUUUGGGUUUUGGGUCUAGAAUAUUCUGUGAAUCUGAAAUUUCACCUGAAUAAUCAGAAAAUUAUGAAAAAUAUACAAUUUUCAAUACAGACAAUGUGAAAUUGAGAGAAGAAUAUUUUUUGUUAGAAAGUUGACAUUUUUCUGUCUGCGCUCUCUCAAUUUUCUAUUCUCUCUACUCGGAAAUUUUGAAAUUUGUGUCCAAAAUUCACUGUUUCAAAUUGUUUUGAAACCAUUUUCGAUGAAUAAACCAACAAUGAUAAGGGAACCAUUGCUUCAAAAAUAUGUUUCGGUAAUUUUAUUGAAAAACAUUACUGUUUCAAAAUUUUUAACUUUUGAUUCAAAAAUAUUUUAUUAAUUAUUGUAUACUAAACAAAUUUUCAUAAAUAUGCGUUUCAAAAAUGCAAUUCUAUUUCUAACAUAAUUUUGAAAACUUCACUGUUUCAAAAUUCUCAGAAAUAAAUUUUGAUUCAAAAAUUGUUGAUUCUUCGAUAUUUUAUUUUAUUUCGAAGUCUUUUUCCUCAAAAAAUUCACUGUUUCAAAGAAUACUUUUUAUUUUGAAAACGUCCUGUUAGAACGUUCCAUCUCUAAGAGGCUGAAUUCAAUCAAGUAUAAAUGUCAUCCAAAAAUUCUCCGUCUUCUGAUUCGGAAAAAAAAUUCAUUAAAUUUUUCACUGUUUCAAAAUUCUGUGAAUUUUUGAAAAUUGGAUUGGAGUUCAAUCCACAAAGUGAUAAUGGCUGACUAAAAAUUGCACAGAAAAGCAAAUUAUUUUUCAUUUUAUCUAGAAAUUCAUUGAAUUUCUUGUGCCUCUAAUUAAUAUCAGAAAUUUUUAUCAAGGCCGAAAAUUCACUGUUUCAAAAUAUUAAGAAAGAAAUUACUAUCAAAAAAUUAAUGUUAAGUGUUUAACUCUCAUUUUUACCCUCAAAAAAUUCACUGUUUCAAAACACUUUGAGAUUGAAUUUUUAUUGAGUAAUAUUAUUCGAAUUUGAUUAUCCUCAGAGAUUCGCUGGCCAGCUCGCCACCAGAUCGCUGCGGCCACCUGGAAACCGCAUGGCCGCCAGGUCACCUCGAGUUUUCCGGCGACGUGGCCUGUGUGUUUGAAAUUUUGGAAAGCUGGCAAGACAGUGGUUUGUACUCAAAACACUGCAUUUUCUACUGUUUUUUCACUUCCUAAGGUUUCAAGUGCUGCGAAAAAACAGAAAAUGAGCCAAAUUUUUCGAAAAGGCCUCAAUUCACAAGUUUUUCAGACAUUUUCAUGAAAAUUCAUUUUGACGCGGCGAAGUGGCCACCACGUGGUAGCCACGUGGCCGUGACCUAGCCAGAGCCUGGCCACCUUGCCAGCGAAAAAAAACCGGGCGACGUGGUUUCCAUGUGGUUCCCAGGUCAGCCAGCCUCCCCACCUGGUGGCGAGCUGGCCAGCGAAUCUCUGAGUCCUUUCUAUAAAAAAAAUCACUGUUUCAAAUUUUUCACGAUUAAUUUUGACACAAAAAAAUUUCUUCGUUUCAAUCUGAUUAUCUUUUCCAAAAUAUUUUUUUUCUACAAAAAUUCACUGUUUCAAAUUUUUCAAAAAUAUUUUUUUCCAGAAAAACCGAAGAACAAGAAGAUGUUUAUGAAUCUGAAGGCGAAGAUGACGAUCUUGAUCUUUCAUGGCUUCCUGAUCCAGAUGCAGUUCGAAGAAAAUAUGAAAAUCAGGAAGAAGAAUCUGAAAAUGGAAGUGAUGAAGAUUCGAAAGAUCUUGAAGCAAAAGCACUCAAAUUAUUAUCCCGAUGA